GCGGUAACAACAAUAAACACGGCAAUCUCUGGUUAAAUUGGACUCUAAUUGGACUUUGCUAUUCAUUCAAAUUUAAGUAGUUUAGUGGAGAUGUCGUACCAAGGAUACAAGGAACUGCUGGUGGAGCAGCAGGGGAAGCUCCUGGUUGUGAAAUUCAAUAAUCCUAGGAAGAAGAACUGCGUCAAUCAGUAUGGCUACCGGGAGAUGACCCGGGUUCUCACAGAAGUCAACGAUGAUGAAACUGUAACCGUUGUGGUGUUCACCGGCGUGGGAGACACCUUUACAGCCGGCAACGAUCUAACACAGUCCUCAAAGAGCGACGAUAUUAACGAGUUCUUUAAGCAGUCCAAUGCGAACUUUAAGAAAAUGGUUCUCAGCUUUGUCCACUGCAAGAAGAUUGUCAUUGCCCUGGUCAAUGGUCCAGCAAUCGGUAUUGGUGCCACUAUUGUGGGUCUGUGUGAUGUGGCUUGGUGUGCAGAAAAGGCCUACUUCAGCACACCCUUCAGCAAACUGGGAUUGGUACCAGAAGGUGGAUCUUCCUAUAUGCUUCCCCUUAUUUUAGGACGCUCCAAGGCGUCAGAGACCCUCCUGCUGGGUGAACCACUGUCCGCCGCGGAGGCUUACCAGUUUAAUUUUGUAUCUCGCAUCUUUAAAAUCGCGGAGCUAGACUCUGUGGUGUGGCCCAAAUUGCAAAAGUAUUCCGAGCUGCCACCAAAUGCUCUGACCCAAGGUAAACGGCUCAUCAAUGAGGGUUUCGUGGAUAACCUGCUGAAAGCCAACGACGCCGAAUGCCAGCAGCUCCUGCAAUCUUUCCAGCAUCCAGAAUUUUUCCAAGCCAUAAUGGAUUUUGCCCAGCGCAAAUCCAAGUUAUAAAUAGGUAUAAAGAUAACCCGAAAAACCAGAGCAGGUGAUAACGUGCCAAAAAUAAAGAAAGCUAGCUAGACAAUGUUUUUUUUUAGAGCAUGAAGAAGCUCUGAUUGUCAUCCCGCUAAUGUAUUGUUUCACAAACAUUUUGUAUAUACGAAUCUAGUAAUGUUUUUGUGAUUAAAAUA